UCAAGGCCCGAUUCCACUAGAUCUAAUAGUAUGAUCUUCAAACAGCGUACGCUAAUUUCGCUAAAUCAUGUCCGAAUCAUCUCUCCCACUCCAUUAAGCUGGUGUUUGGCUGGCGCCAAAUAACGCGUUUUCACUCCCUAGGGCUCGUUCCAGAAAUUUCCGACAUCCACCCUCCCACAAUUUCAUGAUUUCAAACUCUAACUCGGUUGAGCUUUCAAUCAUCACAUGAAGAUGAAGACGACCCUCUGAAUUCAUCAUUCAAUCCAUAUCUUACAGAAGAAAACCAGCUCAUAUAUACAUACUCACGUAAGUAUAUAUAUAUAUAGAAAUGAUUGAGAGAUGUUUGGGAGCUCGAAAGGGUCGAAAAAUCCAGAGAUUUUUCCGGCAUUGUAAGGUAACCCUCCUUUGUCUGGUCUUGACUCUCGUUGUCAUACGUGGCACCAUCGGCGCCGGCAAGUUCGGAACGCCGGAGCAGGACUUCAACGAGAUACGAAGCCGUUUCUACUCUCGCAAGCGUGCCGAGCCUCACCGAGUCCUCGAAGAGGUCCAAACAACGACUUCAACAUCCACCGAAAGCAACAAUUACAACGAAUUUGAUAUAAACAAAUUGUUAGUCGACGAAGAAGAAGAGGACGACAAGCGUUAUUCGAACAAGCCGUACAGUCUCGGGCAGGAGAUUUCAAAUUGGGACGAGCAGAGAGCAAAAUGGCUUAGGAAAAACCCUAAUUCCCCCAAUUUCAUCGGACCCAAUAACCCUAGGGUUCUUCUGGUUACUGGUUCAUCACCAAAACCUUGUGAAAAUCCUGUUGGUGAUCACUACCUGUUGAAAUCGAUAAAGAACAAGAUUGAUUAUUGCAGGUUACAUGGGAUUGAGGUCUUCUACAAUAUGGCUCUGCUCGAUGCGGAGAUGUCGGGGUUUUGGGCGAAGCUGCCAUUGAUUCGGAAGCUGCUAUUGUCACAUCCUGAGGUGGAAUUCUUGUGGUGGAUGGAUAGCGACGCAAUGUUUACGGAUAUGGGGUUUGAGCUUCCAUGGGAAAGAUAUAAGGAUCACAAUUUGGUGAUGCAUGGAUGGAAUGAAAUGGUGUAUGAUCAGAAGAAUUGGAUUGGGUUGAAUACAGGGAGUUUCUUGCUUAGAAAUUGUCAAUGGGCAUUGGACAUUCUUGAUGCUUGGGCGCCAAUGGGGCCGAAAGGGAAAAUUAGGAUGGAGGCGGGGAAGAAACUCGCAAGUGAGCUUAAGGAUAGGCCAGUGUUUGAAGCAGAUGACCAGUCUGCUAUGGUUUAUAUACUGGCUACCCAGAGGGAAAAGUGGGGUGAUAAGGUUUAUUUGGAGAGUUCUUAUUACUUGCAUGGUUAUUGGGUGAUUUUGGUUGAUAGGUAUGAGGAAAUGAUUGAGAAUUUUCAUCCGGGUUUGGGUGAUCAUCGGUGGCCACUAGUGACCCAUUUCGUCGGUUGCAAGCCAUGUGGAAAGUUUGGUGAUUACCCAGUUGAGAGAUGCUUGAAACAGAUGGACCGAGCUUUCAAUUUUGCGGAUAAUCAGAUACUUCAAAUGUAUGGUUUCACUCACAAGUCUCUAGCUAGCAGAAGGGUGAAGCGUAUUCGAAAUGAGACAAGCAGUCCACUUGAAGUUAAAGAUAAUCUUGGAUUGCUUCAUCCCACACUCAAAGCAGUCAAGGUUGAUGUAAAUUGAUUGAGUCCUUUGCGUUUGAUUAUACCGAAGAAGAGUGGAGCCCAAUGGUGGCAUGGUGCCGAAACCAUUCACAAAGGAGAUUCUGUUAAUAUUGACUUCAUUAUAACAGUUUGAAGCAAAACUCAUUAUAGCCUAAUUUAUACGUUGUUUUUGUUAUUUUGGCAUGCCAUGCUUGUAUUUAAAUUGAGAUGGAAUCAAGAGGAAAGACAGUCAUUCCAUUG